GAAGACACAUAGAUUAAGAAAGUAGAGCAAAAGAUUAUUAAUAACAUACAUUGUCAGAGAGAAGAUUGAUAAUUGUUAAAUAGUACUACUAGUGUAAGUCAGAUAACAGGCGAAAGCAAAAAUAAGAAACACAAAAGAGGAGAGAGAGAGGAUGAAGCGCACUUUGCCACUUUAAUUUCCUGCACGCAUCCACAACUCGAAGAAGAAGAAAGACAUAAGACAGAAGAGGAAGAAAAGAGUUUGAGAGAUUGUGAGAAAAGUGUGCAAUGCCCUUACCCUUUGCAGAGUUUCAAGGGAAGGUGAUUUCUUCUUAUUUCUCCUCCGACAUAGAGCCCACCUCUGUUCUUAGCCCUCUCACGACAUCCUCCUCCACGGUGUCUUCCUCUCACGGCGUAAACGCUGCCGUCGGAGGCGGCGGUAUCUCCACUGCCAUCUCCGGCGGCGAUGAGCAAUGUGGAGCGAGUGAUUGGGAGCGAGUGCUUCCUGCCUCUCCCACCCAUGACCAUGACCAUGACAACGACCAGAGCAUCCUGAGGCUCAUCAUGAUGGGAGACUCCCAAGAUCCUUCUCUCGAGCUUAACAACAUUCUCCAGACUUCCCAAUCUCCCGCCACCUUUCACCACUCCGACUACACAUCGCUCGGCAGCUUCGGAGUCGUCGUCGAUACCACCACCGGCUUCGGUGGCUUAGACCACUCGGUUCCAGCUCUGUUUCAGUCACAAGUGCCACCGCAGCAUCCAGUCCUAAUCAACCAAAGCCAGACUCAUUUCACCCAGAAUCCGUCCCUCUUGUACGGCCAUCAAAUCCCGGCGGCGAAGCGUCUGAACCAAGGGGGGUCGGUGGGUGAGGGAAUGAUAACGGAGCAGCUGUUGAAGGUGGCGGAGGUGAUGGAGAGAGGAGGGGAGACAAGUGUGGCACAGGGGAUAUUGGCGCGGCUCAAUCAACAGCUCUCAUCACCGGUGGGAAAGGCAUUCGAAAGGGCAGCAUUCUACUACAUAGAGGCUCUCCACAACAGUCUCCUCCACAACAACAAGGCCUCCCAAACCCCACUAAACCCUUACUCCCUCAUCUUCAAGAUCUCCGCCUACAAAUCCUUCUCCGAGAUCUCUCCCGUUCUCCAGUUCGCCAACUUCACCUCCAACCAAGCCCUCCUCGAGUCCUUCCACGGCUUCACCCGCCUCCACAUCAUCGAUUUCGACAUCGGCUACGGUGGCCAUUGGGCCUCCCUCAUGCAAGAGCUCGUCCUCCUCCGCGUUGACAACCACGCUCCUCCCCUUUCCCUCAAAAUCACUGUCUUCGCUUCCCCCGACCACCACCAGCACCAGCUUGAGCUCGCCUUCACUCAAGACAACCUCAAGCACUUCGCCUCCGAGAUCAACAUCUCCCUCGACAUCCAGGUCCUCAGCUUGGACCUCCUCGCCUCUCUCUCCUGGCCCUCCUCUGACAAAGAAGAAGCCGUCGCCGUUAAUCUCUCCCCCGCCUCCUUCUCAAACACGCCUUCUUCGCUUCUCCUCCGUUUCGUGAAACAUCUCUCUCCCUCCAUCAUCGUCUGCUCCGACAGAGGAGGGUGCGAGAGGACGGAUCUGCCUUUCCCGCAGCAGCUCCUCCACUCCCUCCAGUCACACGCCGCUCUCCUCGAAUCCCUCGACGCCGUCAACGCCAACCUCGACGCUAUGCACAAGAUCGAGAGGUUUCUCAUACAGCCGGAGAUUGAGAAGCUGGUCCUCGAUCGUAGCCGUCCCAUCCAAAGGCCAAUGAUGACGUGGCAUGCCAUGUUCAUGCAGAUGGGCUUCUCGCCGGUUACGCACAGCAACUUCACGGAGUCUCAGGCAGAGUGUUUGGUUCAACGGACGCCGGUAAGAGGCUUUCACGUCGAGAAGAAACACAACUCUCUUCUUCUCUGCUGGCAAAGGACAGAACUUGUCGGAGUCUCCGCCUGGAGAUGUCGCUCCUGACUCAUCCCUCCCCUACUUUGUUUCUAUUUUUAUUAUGUAUUCUUAAUUUUAAUUUAUCAUCUAAUCAUGACACAUAUAUAUUUUCAUAAUCUUUAGUACUUCCCGAUAUUACUUUUACUCAA